AGGUGUCUCCCAACUGGAAAUUCAGAACACCGCCACAAUUAGAUGCAGCCUUUGAAAUUGGACACAGAUUGAAUAAAACAAGAUCAUGUUCAAUCGAAAAACGCUGUUAUGCACUAUCCUCCUGGUAUUGCAAGCAGUAAUCCGAAGCUUCUGCGAAGAUGCCUCAAAUCUCGCUCCCGUGAUAAUCGAACAUCCCAUCGAUGUGGUGGUAUCUAGGGGAUCGCCAGCAACCCUCAACUGUGGUGCAAAGCCAUCUACCGCCAAAAUCACAUGGUACAAGGAUGGACAGCCCGUAAUCACGAAUAAGGAGCAAGUGAACAGCCACCGGAUUGUUCUCGACACGGGAUCCCUGUUUCUUCUGAAAGUGAAUAGUGGAAAAAACGGAAAAGACAGCGAUGCGGGAGCGUACUAUUGUGUGGCCAGCAACGAGCACGGAGAAGUGAAGUCGAACGAAGGAUCGUUAAAAUUGGCGAUGCUUCGCGAAGACUUUCGAGUUCGGCCAAGAACAGUUCAGGCUCUUGGUGGAGAGAUGGCCGUUCUGGAAUGCAGUCCGCCACGUGGAUUCCCGGAGCCGGUUGUGAGCUGGCGGAAAGACGACAAAGAGCUCCGAAUUCAAGACAUGCCACGAUACACUCUACACUCUGACGGAAACCUCAUCAUUGAUCCGGUCGAUCGAAGCGAUUCUGGUACUUAUCAGUGUGUUGCCAACAACAUGGUCGGAGAACGGGUGUCCAAUCCCGCAAGAUUGAGUGUCUUUGAGAAACCAAAGUUUGAGCAAGAACCCAAGGACAUGACGGUCGACGUCGGAGCCGCAGUGCUGUUUGAUUGUCGUGUGACUGGAGAUCCUCAACCACAAAUUACGUGGAAACGCAAAAAUGAGCCGAUGCCAGUUACACGUGCAUACAUUGCCAAGGAUAAUCGGGGGUUGAGAAUCGAAAGAGUUCAACCAUCAGACGAAGGUGAAUACGUUUGCUAUGCACGAAAUCCAGCGGGAACUCUUGAAGCAUCUGCACAUCUUCGUGUCCAGGCACCUCCAUCCUUCCAGACAAAACCAGCAGACCAGUCAGUUCCAGCUGGAGGCACGGCAACUUUUGAAUGCACCUUGGUCGGUCAACCGAGUCCCGCCUAUUUUUGGAGCAAGGAAGGCCAACAGGAUCUUCUUUUCCCAAGUUAUGUGUCCGCUGAUGGUAGAACGAAAGUUUCACCAACUGGAACAUUGACAAUUGAGGAAGUUCGUCAAGUUGAUGAGGGAGCUUAUGUGUGCGCUGGAAUGAACUCGGCAGGAAGCUCGUUGAGCAAGGCAGCUUUGAAAGUUACAACUAAAGCCGUGACCGGAAACACACCCGCCAAACCACCACCAACAAUCGAGCAUGGUCAUCAAAAUCAGACCCUUAUGGUUGGAUCAUCAGCCAUCCUUCCAUGUCAGGCUAGCGGAAAACCAACUCCAGGAAUAUCAUGGCUCAGGGAUGGGCUACCUAUUGACAUUACAGAUAGUCGUAUCAGUCAACAUUCAACGGGAAGUCUACAUAUUGCCGAUUUAAAGAAACCUGACACCGGAGUUUACACUUGCAUUGCGAAGAACGAGGAUGGAGAGUCAACAUGGUCGGCAUCUCUGACUGUUGAAGAUCACACUAGCAAUGCACAAUUUGUUCGGAUGCCGGAUCCAUCGAACUUCCCGUCUUCUCCAACGCAACCCAUUAUUGUCAAUGUCACUGAUACCGAAGUAGAGCUCCACUGGAAUGCUCCCUCCACAUCUGGCGCAGGACCAAUCACUGGUUAUAUCAUUCAGUACUACAGUCCAGACCUCGGACAGACGUGGUUUAACAUUCCAGACUACGUGGCAUCUACUGAAUAUAGAAUAAAGGGUCUGAAACCAUCUCACUCGUAUAUGUUUGUGAUUCGAGCAGAAAAUGAGAAAGGUAUUGGAACGCCGAGUGUGUCGUCGGCUCUCGUUACCACUAGCAAGCCAGCAGCUCAAGUUGCGCUUUCUGACAAGAACAAAAUGGACAUGGCCAUCGCUGAGAAGAGACUCACUUCGGAACAACUCAUAAAACUCGAGGAAGUGAAGACUAUUAAUUCUACGGCCGUUCGUUUGUUCUGGAAGAAGAGGAAACUUGAAGAGCUGAUUGAUGGUUACUACAUCAAGUGGAGAGGGCCUCCAAGAACCAAUGAUAAUCAAUACGUGAAUGUGACCAGCCCUAGCACCGAAAACUAUGUUGUUUCAAAUUUAAUGCCAUUCACCAACUAUGAGUUUUUCGUGAUUCCUUAUCAUUCCGGAGUUCAUAGUAUUCAUGGAGCACCGAGUAAUUCCAUGGACGUGUUGACCGCCGAAGCUCCACCUUCAUUGCCACCAGAGGAUGUGCGAAUCCGUAUGCUCAACCUGACCACUCUUCGUAUCUCUUGGAAAGCACCAAAAGCCGACGGCAUCAACGGAAUUCUCAAAGGAUUCCAAAUUGUUAUUGUUGGUCAAGCGCCCAACAACAAUCGGAACAUCACUACAAACGAGAGAGCUGCCAGUGUUACUCUGUUCCAUUUAGUGACUGGAAUGACGUAUAAAAUUCGUGUAGCGGCUAGAAGCAAUGGUGGAGUUGGAGUCUCACAUGGAACGAGUGAAGUCAUCAUGAAUCAAGACACGCUGGAAAAACACCUUGCUGCUCAACAAGAAAACGAAUCAUUUUUGUAUGGGCUGAUCAAUAAAUCUCAUGUUCCUGUGAUUGUCAUUGUUGCAAUUCUGAUUAUUUUCGUAGUCAUCAUUAUAGCCUAUUGUUACUGGAGGAAUAGCAGAAACAGUGAUGGAAAGGAUCGAAGUUUUAUAAAGAUCAAUGAUGGAAGUGUUCAUAUGGCUUCGAAUAAUCUUUGGGAUGUUGCACAAAAUCCGAAUCAGAAUCCAAUGUACAACACUGCUGGAAGAAUGACUAUGAACAAUAGAAAUGGCCAGGCUCUCUAUUCGCUGACACCAAAUGCGCAAGACUUUUUCAACAAUUGUGAUGACUACAGUGGAACGAUGCACAGACCAGGAUCCGAGCAUCACUAUCAUUAUGCUCAACUGACUGGCGGACCUGGUAAUGCGAUGUCUACUUUUUAUGGAAACCAAUAUCACGAUGAUCCAUCUCCAUAUGCCACCACAACACUGGUCCUGUCGAACCAACAACCAGCUUGGCUCAAUGACAAAAUGCUUCGCGCGCCAGCAAUGCCAACAAAUCCCGUGCCACCAGAGCCACCGGCGCGAUAUGCAGAUCAUACCGCUGGAAGACGAUCUCGAUCGAGCCGUGCAUCCGAUGGGAGAGGAACUCUGAAUGGCGGACUCCAUCACCGGACUAGCGGAAGUCAACGGUCGGAUAGUCCACCUCACACAGAUGUGAGCUAUGUUCAGCUUCACUCAUCCGAUGGAACUGGUAGUAGUAAGGAAAGAACUGGGGAGCGGAGAACACCACCGAAUAAGACUCUGAUGGACUUUAUUCCGCCACCACCUUCCAAUCCACCACCACCUGGAGGGCACGUUUAUGACGAUAUAUUCCAGACAGCAACUAGGCGUCAGUUGAAUCGUGGAAGUACUCCACGAGAAGACACCUACGAUUCGGUCAGUGACGGAGCUUUUGCUCGGGUUGAUGUGAAUGCAAGGCCAACGAGUCGGAAUCGGAAUUUGGGAGGAAGGCCGCUGAAAGGGAAACGAGACGACGAUAGUCAGCGGUCUUCGUUGAUGAUGGACGAUGAUGGUGGAUCUUCUGAAGCUGACGGGGAGAACUCUGAAGGAGACGUUCCGCGUGGAGGUGUUAGAAAAGCAGUUCCUCGAAUGGGUAUCUCUGCAAGUACGCUGGCUCAUAGUUGUUACGGGACAAACGGCACUGCUCAACGAUUCCGGUCAAUUCCACGUAACAAUGGAAUCGUCACACAAGAACAAACUUGACGAUGUUGAACUAGAAAACGAUCAUGUUUAGAAAUCGGUGCUUUAAAGAAUAACCAAACUAUUCAAUCACAAGAAUUUAUUACGAGUCAACCAUUUUCCCUUUUCUCUCUUUGAACCAAGAAUCUGUCCUUCACUUGUCAUUGUUUCAACAUUUGCUACUUAAGCCCUUUUAUGAAUUGCUCAACAAGAUCUCGAUGUACAGAAAAGCAGAAGUCGCUAGGCUUUGAGCUUUACCUUUUUAUUCUCUCUGUCAGACAAUCAUUUUGUAUCCGCAAUUGCAACUUGUGAUGCGUUGUGUUCACAACUGUUUCAUGUUUAAUUAUGUAAUAUUUACACUUGUUUUCCUUUGUGUCUCCUCGAUGUUAAUAUAUUUCUUUCUUCUGCCAAACAUUUUCCUACAAAUCGGUGUUAAGCUCAACAACACUUUUUUUUCAAUUUUUCAAUUUUCUUUUACUUGAUAAUUACUUUUGAGCAUGAGUAAUACGGUUUCCCCAGCAAUUGAGGUCAUAAAUAGGGCCGAAUAAUAUUAUGUUCAUUUGCUUUGCAAUAAAUGAUUCAUUAUAUCAUAUGAAAAAAAAAACAUAAAAA